AUGUUUCCAUCGCAGAAUAACCGCAUGUUCGCGGAGAGUGCUGAGGGCCGCACUCGCAAUGAGGGGCCUCGCAUUCCUCUGCACCAUGUUGAUGAGACCGGAGAACGCCCUCAUGAACCAGAGGAGGCAUCGCAAGCCCAGUCUACUGGGGCCGAUGUCAGUCGGGAUGGGGCUUGGGGUGAACGCGAUAUUGGACGCCCGGUCAAUCUAGAAGAAGCUAUGCAAGAUUUCGAAGAACUGCGCCACCAGCUCACGGAACUAUCUAAGACUCGGACUCAAAGGACAGAAGACAGGCGUAGACGAGCAUCUUUCGGACUCAGGAAAACUUCGACUGGCGCGAGCCGUCGUACGGCCCAAGAUGUCGAGGCACAAGGAGAAGAGAAGGGGGAUGGUGACGGAUUCGAACUCGGAGAGUUCCUAAAGGAUGGGCACCUUGAGAAAAGGACUUCCGCAGGGUCUGCCAAGAAGAUUGGAGUGGUAUACAAGAAUCUCACAGUUGAGGGAGUUGGCUCGACGGCAACCUUCGUCAAAACAUUACCCUCUGCUAUUAUUGGUACUUUUGGACCUGAUCUCUAUAAGAUCCUUACAAAAUACAUACCCUUCCUACCAAAGCCGGGGUCUCAUGGAGCAAAACGCGUCCUGAUACACGAUUUUACUGGUGUUGUGAGAGAUGGAGAGAUGCUCAUGGUUCUCGGCCGACCCGGCAGCGGAUGCAGUACAUUUUUAAAGGCCAUUGCCAACAAACGGGAAAGUUUUGCCAGCGUCACUGGAGAAGUGCUGUACGGUGGUAUUCCAGCCAAAGAGCAGAAAAAGAAAUUUAGAGGAGAGGUCAACUACAACGAAGAAGAUGAUCAGCACUUUCCCACUCUCACUGUAGGCCAGACGCUCCAGUUUUCCCUUCUGAAUAAGACGAAGAAACAUGAGAAGGGAGAGAUUCCAAUUAUCAUUUCCGCUUUGCUGAAGGUAUUUGGAAUCUCACAUACCCUUCACACUCUCGUUGGCGAUGCUUAUGUGCGAGGAGUUUCGGGUGGUGAGCGCAAACGUGUUUCCAUUGCUGAGACUCUUGCCACAAAGAGUAGUGUUGCGGCGUGGGAUAAUUCAACCCGUGGAUUAGAUGCUUCAACGGCUCUCGAUUAUGCUAAGUCACUACGAAUUAUGACGGAUAUCAGCAACAGGACCACCUUUGUCACCCUCUACCAGGCUGGUGAAGGUAUUUAUGAAUUGAUGGACAAGGUAUUGGUCAUUGAUGAGGGGCGAAUGGUAUUUGCGGGACGAGCCAACGAAGCCAAGCGUUAUUUCCAGGAUCUGGGUUAUUAUUGCCCGGAUAGGCAGACGACUCCGGACUUUUUAACUGCCUGUACUGAUCCAACCGAAAGAAGAUUCCGGAAAGAUUUCGACGGGCCAAUUCCAAAGGGACCUGUUGAGCUGGAGAAGGCCUUCCGCGAGAGUGAUGCGUAUAAGAAGGUUUUGAAGGACGUCGAAGACUAUGAAAGGGCACUCAAGGAGAGCGACUAUGCCGAUGCACGACAAUUCAAGGAAUCGGUCCAAGAAACGAAGUCGAAGACUGUUUCGAAAAACUCUAGUUACACGGUCUCCUUCGUUCGACAGGUUCUUGCCUGUACCAGACGUGAGUUCUGGCUCACAUGGGGAGACAAGCCUACUCUCUACACGAAGUUCUUCAUUAUCAUCUCUAACUCCUUGAUUGUUGGCUCACUCUUUUUUGGGCAAUCAACUAAUACCGGAGGUGCCUUCUCAAGAGGUGGUUCUCUUUUCUUCUCAAUUCUUUUCUUGGGUUGGCUGCAACUGUCUGAGUUGAUGAAAGCUAUCUCCGGGAGAGCUAUCAUUGCCAGACACAAGGAUUACGCUUUCUAUCGUCCGUCGGCAGUCGUGAUUGGAAGAGUAUUGCAAGAUAUUCCCAUGAUAUUCAUCCAGGUUAUUCCAUUCUCGAUUGUCAUGUAUUUCUUGGCCGAGCUCGAUGUUGAUGCCAGCAAGUUCUGGAUAUAUUUUCUCUUCAUCUAUCUCACGACUCUCUGCAUCACGUCUCUCUACCGCAUGUUCGCAGCGCUCUCCCCGGCCAUUGAUGAUGCGGUCCGGUUUUCUGGUAUCGCCCUCAAUCUUCUAAUCAUCUACACCGGAUACGUUAUUCCUAAGCCUCAAUUGAUAAGUGAUUAUAUCUGGUUCGGUUGGAUAUACUAUAUAAAUCCUCUUUCUUAUAGUUUCGAAGCUGUCGUAACCAGCGAGUUUUACAACAAAGACAUGGCUUGUGCUCCAGCUGAGAUAGUCCCAAAUGGCCCGGGAUAUGGCAAUUCUGCCUACCAAGGCUGCGCCUUUCCCGGUGCGGAAUUAGGGUCCCUGAGUGUACCAGGCGCGAGAUAUUUAGAGACCUCGUUUAAUUACACGCGGUCACAUCUCUGGAGGAAUUUUGGUGUUCUAAUUGCUUGGACUGUUCUUUAUAUUCUAGUAACUGCCAUUGCCACCGAACUUUUUGAUUUCACCUCAGGUGGUGGUGGGGCUCUUGAGUUCAAGCGAUCCAAAGCUGCCAAACGAGCACUGAAAUCUGCUGCUGCACCCACAGACAUUGAGAGCGGUGAUAGGAAGCCUAGUCUGCCUUCCAGUGGUACCCUCGAUGGCGGCGAAGAUGAUGCGAUGCAGCAGAUUUCAGGAUCCGAAAGCGUUUUCACUUGGGAGAAUAUCGAGUAUACUGUCCCAUACAUGGGAGGAGAGCGUAAGCUACUCAACAAGGUCAAUGGCUACGCGAAACCUGGAGUCAUGGUCGCUCUUAUGGGAGCCUCAGGAGCUGGCAAGACUACUCUCCUGAACACACUGUCACAGCGCCAGAAAACGGGUGUAGUCACUGGAGAUAUGCUUGUCGAUGGCCGACCACUGGGCACAGAAUUCCAGAGGGGUACCGGAUUCUGCGAGCAGAUGGAUCUCCACGAUGGGACUGCCACUGUUCGAGAAGCCCUAGAAUUCUCUGCUAUUCUCCGACAAGAGAGUAAUAUUUCAAGAGCGGAUAAAAUUGCAUAUGUCGACAAAAUCAUUGAUCUCCUCGAACUUGGCCCUAUACAAGACGCUCUUGUCAGGUGUCUUGGAGUGGAGCAACGCAAGCGAGUUACUAUUGGGGUUGAACUUGCUGCCAAGCCCAGUCUCCUACUCUUCCUGGAUGAACCAACCUCUGGACUUGACUCUCAAUCUGCUUACAGCAUUGUGCGGUUCCUCAAGAAAUUAGCAAGUGCUGGCCAGGCCAUUGUUUGUACUAUUCACCAGCCUUCCUCGAUCCUCAUCCAGGAAUUCGAUAUGAUCCUUGCUCUCAACCCGGGAGGCAACACCUUCUAUUUUGGACCCGUCGGAGAGAACGGCUCAGCUGUUGUCAAAUAUUUCGCUGAUAGAGGAGUCCAUUGCCCCCCUGAGAAAAACGUUGCGGAAUUCAUUUUAGAAACUGCAGCAAAGUCUAACAAGCAGAAAGACGGUAAGCAAUUGAAUUGGAACGAGGAAUGGCUCAACUCUGAAAAUUCCAAACAAAUUUUGGAGGAAAUCCAAAGAAUCAAGACGGAGCGAGGCAAAAUCCCCCCACCACCGGCUACCUCACAGUCAGAAUUUGCGUCGCCCACAUGGCUCCAAAUUACUGAACUCACGAAGCGAUUGUUUAUACAGUAUUGGAGGGAUCCUUCUUAUCUUUAUGGAAAGUUGUUUGUUUCGGUCAUUAUUGGUAUCUUCAAUGGCUUCACGUUCUGGCAAAUGGGUUACUCUGUCACAGAUAUGCAAGACAGGAUGUUCACAUUGUAUAUAAUCCUGCUCAUUCCGCCAACUGUGGUCAAUGCCGUGGUACCGAAGUUCUACCAAAACCGAGCACUCUGGGAAGCACGAGAGCUUCCGUCCAGAAUUUAUGGUUGGGUCGCAUUCUGUACUGCUCAAAUAGUUGCCGAGAUCCCAAUUGCAGUCGUUAGUGCAACAAUUUAUUGGGCUGCUUGGUACUGGCCUACUGGACUUCCCGGAGGCACUUCAACCUCUGGCUACGUCUAUCUGAUGACGCUUCUUUUCUUCUUCUUCCAAGCUAGCUGGGGUCAAUGGAUCUGUGCCUUCGCACCUUCUUUCAUGGUCAUUUCCAACGUCCUACCAUUCUUCUUCGUGAUGUUCUCGCUCUUCAACGGUGUCGUCCGACCAUAUGACCAGCUCUCGGUCUUCUGGAGAUACUGGGUGUACUAUCUGAACCCGUCCACGUACUGGAUCGGUGGCGUCCUAGCCGCGACUCUAAACCACACUCCCGUGCGCUGCUCUCCUCAAGAAGCCGCUUACUUCAACCCGCCCCCGGGCUCCACCUGUUCCGCAUACGCGCAGGACUUCGUCAACCGAGCAGGCGGCUACCUCACCAACCCCGACGCCACGUCGAACUGCGGAUACUGCCAAUACUCGAACGGGGUCGACUACAUGCGCACCCUCAACAUCUUGCCGAAGGACAAGUGGGGCUACUUCGGUAUCUUCCUGGGCUUCUGCGUGAGCAACUGGGUCCUGGUCUACUUCUUCAUCUACACGGUGAGGAUCAGGGGCUGGACCUUCGGGUUCGGUCCGCUGUUCGGACUGAUGGGCAAGGUUGGCGGUGCCUUACAGAAGCCCUUCAAGAAGGUUGGGAAGAAGGUGGCUAAGAAGAACAACUAA